AUGGUUUGCUUGCUUUCGCUUUUGCCUUUGCUUUUCAUCAUGGUUGGCGGCGUCAAUGACGGUGAUGAGCCUGAGCCGCCCAACCACCCGGUUGUCUUGCACAGCGCCGCGCCUGAGGUGCCCCCUGAGGCUGAAGAGGCGGGGACCGAAGGGAACCGGAUGCACCGCUGUGCGCACAGAAUAAGCUGCCGCUGGGUGCGUGCAGCGGCCAAUGCAGUGGCCAAAAAGAUGAUGAUGGUGGCCGCUUUGGGCAGCGAAGAGGUGGCAAAGAUCGAGGAAGGCUUCAAUCGCCUGUCAGUGCGUGGAGAGCUCCGCCCAUCGGAGUUCCGCACGGGUUUCCUCAACUGCGCUGGCCCGGUGCCUGAGGCAUUGGCAGAAGCGCUUUUCAACUGCUUCGACUCAAACUCCUCGGGAACCUUGGAUGUGCAGCAAUUCGUAUGUGGUGUGGCAGUGAUUUGGAAGGGCAGGCCAGAGCAGAAGCUGCGACUGCUCUUUAUGGUCUAUGACACUGACAAAGAUCAGCGGCUGUCGGACCGAGACCUGAAGCGCUUCGCCCACGCCUUGAGCGACGGCCGUGGCCGCGAAACCGCCGAAGCCGCGGUGAACAGCGCUCUGAAGGAGCUGCUGGCUGGCCACUCUGUCGUGAACUACGAGAAGUUUGAGCACUGGGCACGCCAACACGUCGACUCUCCUUUGGUCGACUGGAUCUUUAGCUUGGAGCAGCGGGUGAAGGCGGAAGAUGAGGAAGCUGCCUCAUGGAGGAUGAGGCCAGCCCUGGAUCGUUCCAACAGUGUACAGGAGCGUGAGGAGCUGCAUGCACUCUUGGACUGGGGUGAGACAGUUGGCAUUGACAAGGACCUUGCAAAGGAACUCCGUGGCGCCUGGAAUGCUGUGGCCUUAACCUCUCGACUUGGGGUGCUGGAGCGAUCGGCCUUACUGACGUGCUUUCCCUCAGCGCCCGCCGAGCUGAUCAAUCGCCUGGCUGCUGCCAUGGAUCGUGCCAAGACAGGCACGGUCUCUGCUCGGGAGUGGGUGCAGGACCUGUCCAUUUGCCUGCAAGGCACUGACGAGCAGCGGAAGGAUUUGGUCUUUCGCAUGUUCGCGGACGAGACCGGUGUGAUCCCAGCACAGGCGGCUACAGAGCUGAUGGCAACCGCGCAAGCUGCAGCCUCCAUCUUCACACAGCCAGUGCAAAGUCGAAGGGCCUUGCGGAGGGAGACUUCCUGGGCCUCCGACGCCGAGGAGAUCGCUCAGGCUCUGGGCCAUGCGGUGCGCAUCGAUCUCAAGAUGCCACCGCUGCAUGCGUCGGACGAGCGGGUCAUCAUUGAAAAGAUCAACGACAAGUUCAGCCCGGAUUCGCCCGGAAAUGUCGGGGACGUGUGGUACCUAAUUCCAGCACGUUGGUGGAAGCAAUGGUUGGAGUUUACCUCGACCGAGACCAACUCACGUGAGCAGGGCCCUCCUUCCAUCGACAACACUGGCUUGGUUGACGCUCGUGACUUUCUUCGGAUUGGUUUGUCGGAAGGGGUCGACUAUGAGGUGGUCAAGAAGCACGCCUGGUGUGCCUUGGUGGCUUGGUACGACCUCCAGGGAAUUGAGCUGCCACGCAAGGUCAUCGAAGUUGAUGGUCACAUGGAGCUGGAGAUGUACCCAUUGCGGCUGCACAUCAGCCGCACGGAUCAGGCGGGCAACAUCAUGUUGCUCGAGAGGACGCUCGAGAUCAGUCGUACAGCCCUGGCCAGCGAGACUAAAGAGGCAGCGCGAUUGCUGCACGGCAUUGAAGAAUCGGAUUUGGUACUUUGCCACAGAGUCCAUCAAGACCAAGAAUUUGCAGAGGUGGAUGAGCGUCAAACUCUGCACGCGUUGCACUUCCUGGAUGGUCAUCAGCUCUUGCUAAGAUUCCGCAGUGCACCUGCCUUGCGUCCAAACUGCCACCGCCUCCCGAGCGGGAAGAACCAUGGCCAUGUAGGGUUGCAGAACCUGGGCAAUACGUGCUACAUGAACGCGGCGAUUCAAUGUUUGGUCCACUCGCCUUUGCUUCCGGAGUACUUCAAGUCAGAGUACAAAUUCGAUGUGAAUCUGAACACCAAGUUUGGAAUGGCCGGGAAACUGGCCGUGGCUUUCGCCGAGCUUCUACGAGACAUUCACAACGCCCGGGAAACAGGCUCUGGGGUGGUGGCCCCAAGGGACUUCAAGCGGAUCUUCUCAGACUUCAAGCCGCAGUUUGCCGGGUGGAAACAGCAGGAUUCCCAAGAAUUCCUCUCGAUGUUUCUGGCCGGACUGAGUGAAGACGUGAACCGCACCACCAAAAAACCCUACCGAGAGCUGAAAGACUCCGAAGGCCGCCCGGACGACGAGGUGGCCUUGGAGUACUGGCAGGCUCACUGUCUUCGUGAGCGCUCUGCUGUGGCGGCGCUCUUCUCGGGACAGUUCCGCUCGGUCCUGCGGUGUCAGAAAUGUGGCCGGAGACCUCAACAGCGUCGGCGAGUCUGA